UGCUUUUAAAUAAUCAACAAUUAAUGGACCCAAAUAUUUUUAUUCCACUUUAUUUGAAAAUUAUAAAUUACAAAUUCGGACAAUCUGAGGAAAAUUAGGAAAGGCUAAAAUUUAGCUAACUCACCAAACCUGUAUUUACCCAUUUUCUUACCCCAAAAAUUCAAUAUUUCUGUUUUAAUUCUCCAAAAACUGCAAUCCCUUUUUCCCAUAAUUUUCUUGUUCAGCCCCACUAAAAUUUUCCCUUUUUUAGUUUGAUCUUCUGCACCUUUUUUUUGUCCCGUUCUGUAAAAACGUAAAGAAGCUUGUUAAGGGAUAACCUUUAAAUCGCUUUUUUUAUUUAUUUUUUUUCCUUCUUUUUAAAUUUUUUUUUUUAUAAUUUCUGGGGUUUUUCAUCAAGAAAAAUUCAUGGGUUUUUGAGGGUUUACGGGAAUUUUUGUUCUUGGAGUUUGAAGUAUGGAAAGUAGAGAAGGUACCAUAAGUAGCAGUGGAAUCACAGUGGUGGGACUGGGAUCAGAUGCUCCUUCAGACUAUCACGUGGCUCCAAGGACCACUGAUAAUCCAAUUCAGGUUACUGGAUCAGCGCCGCCGCCUCAGCCGGCGGUCUCCGAUGCCGGAGUGUUUGGCGCCACCAUUGAGAAGAAGAAGAAGAGGGGUAGGCCGAGGAAGUAUACCCCUGAUGGCUCUGCCACUAAACCCCUCACUCCUAAGCCGAUUUCCUCCUCUGCCCCUGCGCCUAUGAUUGACUUCUCGGCUGCGGAGAAGGGCGGAAAACUCCGGCCGGCGCAGCAUCCUAUAACGGAAUCCGAAAUUUUGGGUGAAUGGGUUUCAUGUUCUGUUGGCGCUAAUUUUAUACCUCAUAUUAUCACUGUCAAUGCUGGAGAGGAUGUCAUGAUGAAGGUCAUAUCUUUCUCUCAACAAGGUCCUCGGGCGAUAUGCAUUCUCUCAGCUAAUGGAGUGAUUUCAAGCGUAACUCUUCGUCAACCUGAUUCUUCAGGUGGUACAUUGACAUACGAGGGUCGAUUUGAGAUACUAUCUCUGACUGGAUCAUUUAUGCCUUCCGAGACUGGAGGAACGAGGCACCGAUCUGGUGGUAUGAGCGUUUCUUUAGCUAGCCCCGAUGGGCGUGUUGUUGGGGGUGGAGUUGCUGGUUUACUGGUUGCUGCCAGUCCCACCCAGAUCGUGGUUGGUAGUUUUUUGGUGGGGAAUCAGCACGAACAGAAGACAAAGAAACACAAGACUCAGUCGACGGCUGUUACACCUACUGCUGCUAUUCCUAUCUCGAGCGCAAGGGCGGAAGAACUUUAUCAUACCAACUCUUCUCUCCGUGGAGAUAGCUGGUCGUCAAUGGGCCCCAACUCAACGAAUAAACCUACUGAUGUCGAUGCAUCUUUGCCCGAUUAGUUACCCUAAAUCACUAAUCACGUGUUCAUGAAGGUGGAUUGGACGAACUAGAAAUAUUUUCCAUUUCAUUGUCUAAUACCGCAUAACAAAUAUGCGCUAACAGUUCUCUCACCAACCCAAUUGGCAUCAAACCCCAUUCAUGGAUUCCCUACUUAACGAGUCUUAUCACUCAUCUGUUGUUCGUUUGUAAACUUAGUGCCAACAUGCUGCAUACAGGCGAGGUUUGUGCAGUAACUUAGCUAGAUAGUGCAUUCAAAUCGACAUGUUUACCGUUAUGAUCAUGUUGUAGAAUGUUGAGGUGUGUAAUUUACAAAGCCAUUGAGUCUUUUUAUCCAUUCUUGGUUCUUUAAUACAUCCAAAUUCAUGAUUUUUCUAA